CCAAAGACUUUUUUUCUGGGAACGAGAUCUCAAAAACAGAACAGAAACAAGCACGCGCGCGCACGUGAGGACCGUCUUCAUCACUGGAAAUUUUCCAUAUUUUAUAAUUCCACGUGUCAAUCAGCAGAUCCACCUGUCAUCUUCACUUAUGCUUUUUUUUUUUUUCUUUCCCACUCUCUUCUGUCGUCAUUCGUCUUCCUCUUGUCUGAUUCAGUGAGAUUUGUCUUCGUCUUCUUUGUAUGAUUGUCUCGGUGGCGAACCCAACAACCACCGAAACCGAAACUUCCCCCUCAGCUUUUUGUUCCAAAAGGAAUCCAAUGAAAAAAAUCUACAAAUGUUGAAACUUCCACACAGAUUCCUCUCUGUUUACUCAACUCUCAUCCACAUUAUCGCUUCCUUCCUCUGUUCCUCCGACGUCAGAGGCGAUUUCCCGGCGACGAGAUUCGAUUUAGGUACGUUGACUCUCUCAAGCCUCAAGCUUCUCGGCGAUGCUCAUCUCAACAACGGAACUAUAAAGCUCACUCGUGAGCUCUCUGUUCCGACUUCCACCGCCGGUAAAGCUCUUUACGGCAAACCGGUUAAAUUCCGGCACCCGGAGACUCGUUCCCCGGCGAGCUUCACUACGUACUUCUCCUUCUCGGUAACCAAUCUCAAUCCUUCUUCGAUUGGCGGCGGGUUAGCUUUCGUUAUCUGCCCUGAUGGAGAAUACAUCGGAUCCUCCGGUGGGUUCCUAGGCCUAACAGAAGAAACCGGAUCCGGGUCGGGUUUCGUGGCGGUUGAAUUCGACACGUUGAUGGAUGUGGAAUUCAAAGACGUGAACGGGAACCACGUGGGGUUGGAUCUAAACGCCGUCGUUUCAGCCGCGGUAUCAGAUUUGGGAAACGUCGACAUCGAUCUCAAGAGCGGAAACGCCGUGAACUCAUGGAUCACUUACGACGGGUCGGGUCGGGUUUUAACCGUUUACGUCUCUUACUCAAACGUGAAACCCGAAUCUCCGAUUUUGUCGGUUCCUCUCGAUCUCGACCGUUACGUUAGCGAUUCAAUGUUCGUUGGGUUCUCAGGAUCAACACAAGGAAGCACUGAGAUUCACAGUAUAGAUUGGUGGAGCUUUACUUCAUCUUUCGAAUCAUCUGAAUCUCCACCGCCGAUGUCUAACUCUCCUCCUCCGUCGUCAUCGUCGGCGUCGAUCGUACCAUCCGUAUCCACCGUCCGGAGAAAAACGGCUGAUCCGUCAUCUUCUUGCCGUAACAAACUCUGUAAAAAAUCACCAGCCGCCGUCGCCGGAGUAGUAACCGCCGGAGCAUUCUUCUUAGCAUUAUUCGCCGGAGUAAUAAUCUGGGUUUACUCCAACAAGAUCAAAUACAAUCGAAAGUCUGAAUCUUUCCCAUCAGAGAUCAUCAAAUCGCCGAGAGAAUUCACUUACAAGGAGCUUAAGUUAGCCACCGAUUCUUUCAGCUCGUCGAGAGUCAUCGGAAACGGAGCGUUCGGUACAGUCUACAGAGGAAUCUUACCAGAUUCCGGCGAAACCAUCGCGAUCAAAAGAUGCAGUCACAUCUCUCAAGGAAACACUGAAUUCUUAUCGGAGUUAUCUCUAAUCGGAACACUUCGUCACCGGAAUCUUCUCCGUCUUCAAGGCUAUUGCCGAGAGAAAGGAGAAAUUUUGUUAAUUUACGAUCUGAUGCCUAAUGGAUCACUUGAUAAAGCACUCUACGAGUCUCCGACGACGCUACCGUGGCCUCACCGGAGAAAAAUCCUUCUUGGGGUAGCUUCUGCUUUAGCGUAUUUGCAUCAAGAGUGUGAGAACCAGAUCAUUCACCGUGAUGUGAAGACAAGCAACAUUAUGCUCGACGCGAGUUUUAAUCCGAAGUUAGGAGAUUUCGGACUCGCUAGACAAACGGAGCACGAUAAGUCGCCGGACGCAACCGCCGCCGCCGGGACUAUGGGGUAUUUAGCGCCGGAGUAUUUGCUUACCGGUCGAGCGACGGAGAAAACCGACGUUUUUAGCUACGGAGCCGUUGUUCUUGAAGUAUGCACUGGUCGAAGACCUAUUACCCGACCCGAACUGGAACCUAGUUUAAGACCCGGUUUGAGAUCGAGUUUGGUAGAUUGGGUUUGGGGUUUGUAUAGAGAAGGGAAGCUAUUGACGGCGGUGGACGAGCGGUUGAGGAACGGAGGAGAAUUUAACCCGGAGGAGAUUAAUCGGGUUUUGAUGGUGGGCCUUGCUUGUUCAAAACCCGACCCAGUCACCCGGCCCACUAUGAGAAGUGUGGUUCAGAUUCUAGUUGGGGAAGCUGAUGUACCGGAAGUUCCGAUUGCGAAGCCGUCGUCGUCGAUGAGCUUUAGUACGUCGGAGUUAUUGCUUACGUUACAAGAUAGUGUAUCGGACUGUAAUGAAGUUUUGGCUCCCAUCUCUACGACUUCUUGUUCCUCGUCCGAACAUGACAUCUUCAUUGUCGGCAAGGACCGAUCGGUUUAAGUAAUAUUUUAUCAAAUUACAGUUAAUUAUUAAAUUCGAAGCAAAAAAUUUGUACGUAAUAUGAAAAUAAACCAACCUCAAAAACUUUAUACUAAUUUUAAAAAAAAAAUAUUGGAAUUUACAUGUAAAUUUUCUGUUCUAUUUUAUAACUUUUGAUUUGGAACCUCA